AUGAAGCUGUUAAUGAUCCACGGAUCCCGGCAGUCGGGAGAACUCCUGCGUGCCAAAUCCCAGGCUAUGGAGAAGCUCAUUCGGCAAGCCCUUGCUCCCCAACAACCAGGGAGCGUGAAAUUUCAUUAUCCAACAGCCCCUUUUGCGCUGGAACUCUCAGGACCACCUUCAAAACUCCGAGAUCAGCAUGGACAGUGGGCUUGGUGGCAAUCUGAGCACAUUGAUGGCGUUUAUCCCGGACUGGAAACGGGACUAGAGACACUCGCUUCGGUGCUGAAAGACGAAGGGCCUUUUGACGGAGUCAUAGGUUUCAGCCAGGGAGCUGCAAUUGCAGCAAUGGUUGCGUCCCUUCUUGAGGGAAAUCGUAAGGAAGCUUUUUCAGGCUUGGAAACGGACGGCGGAAUUGCAUAUCCUGCAGCGUUUGCGUCACUGGGCCAUUCCUCGCUCAAGUUCGUUAUAAGUAUCUCGGGAUAUGCCGCGCCAUGUCGGGAGUAUCAUGCGUUUUACAACCCGCGGAUCCGUACACCAUCCCUACAUAUCCUUGGCUCAUUGGAUACGGUAGUAGAGGAACACGCGUCAAUGAAGCUAGUAGACAGCUGCCAGGGAGAGGAGGAUGGAACAGCUCCGUUGGUUGUCUAUCAUUCGGGCACAUUUACAAUAAGUCAGGCCACGAUUCGCGCGCGCUCCCCACAGUACCGGGAUGAAGCAACGGAGUAUAACAAGUAG